AUGGGAUGCAGUCAAUCGAAAUCCACGGAUGUAUCAACUGACAAUGCAAAUGCUUUAGUUGCCAAGAAGGUGGAAUCUCCGACGAAAGAACUUGAGACGGAGACGGAGUUAGAGCUACAGAUUCGAGAAGAAGAGCAUGCAGACAAAGCACCAAAGACAUUGGAACCCAUUGCUUUGGUAAUUGCAGAGCAGCAAGUGCCUGAUUCAGCAGCAGCUGUGGACGUGCCUGAUAGUGUACGUGCCAAUUUUUCAUCCUUUAACAUUUCAUUCAUUGACCCGACGGUGAGCGCUCCUACGAGCGCCACGACGGAGCCCAAUGUGGCGUCUAUACGAGUCGCUGUGAUCUCGGGGGAAUCACUAAACAACGACAAGGACGAGUUUUUGAGUGUGGAAGCCGAUGUCCAGGAGGUGGAGACGAACGUGGCCGAGUUGUCUGUUGAUACGAACAUUGAAGAAAUUGCUGCUGAACAGGUUGACCUGGGGAAGGUCGAGGAGCAGGUGGAAGAGCCAAUUGCGACUACCGAGGAGUUUGUUGCGACGAUUGAAAUGGGAAUGGAGCCGGUUGAGGCUGAGGUGGUCAUGGAGCCUCUGGCUGGUGAUAUAAAGGAGGAGAUAGUUGUCGAGGAGCAGAUCGAUGUCAAGACGGAGGAAGUGGAGGUUUUCUCUGUGAAUAUUGGAGCAUCAGCAAGUAUUGAGGACGAAAGUGAACCCAAGAAUGCUAUCGAGGAGGUUGAACAAAGGACUUUUGCUGAAGCUACAGAGCCUGUUGCUGCCGUCACGGAGACUGUUGCUGCUAGUGAAGAGACAGGUGCUACUGUUUCUACUACUGAGAUGGGUGAUGAGCCUACGAAUGAGCUCGUUGAUGAAGAAAUGUCCGCUGACUCGGUUGUAGUGAACGUGGCUGAGCCAGUUAAGGAGGAGAAGGUUGUCGAGCUGAUUGAGGAGAGAAACCUUGCUCAGUUUGUCGUCGAGAAGGCCGCUGAAUCGAUUGUAGAGAAUGUGGUUGAUCCCUUGAAUGAAACGAAGGUUUCCGAGUCAGUCAAGGACGAGAAUAAGGCUGCUGAGUUAGUCAUGGAGACGGUGGUCGCUAAGGAGGUUGUGCAGAUGGUCGCCGAGCCAGCUGUCGAUGAGAAAAGUGUUGACGUAGCCGAAGAGAAGACGGAUAUUGAGUCAGUGAAGCCUGCUGGAGUCACUGCGUUUGGGGGACUUGCUGUCCCCGGUGAAGAGUCUGACGUCGAUGACAAGGCCAUUGCCGUUGUAAAGGAGCCAGCGUCUAUCAUUGAAGAGCCUGUUGCUGUGGCAGUUAGAAACCAGACUGAAGCCGUUGCCGAGACAAGAGCUACGGUGGACAACAAGUUGGAUGGCAGUCCUACAUCGGAGAACGGCAUUGAAGCGGAGGACAUGGCUUUUAUUUCGGACAACAAGGAAGCGGCUGAGCUCAUGACGAAGGUGACGACGCGUGUUGAGGAGUCAGUCGCCUCUAACUAA